AUGCGGGCCUAUAGACACCUCUUGUUUCAGAAAACCCACCUGAAGCGGGUAGUGAAACAAGGCUCACUUCCAACUAGCGAUCCCGCGUCUGUUCAGGGGUUUUACUCUUCCCUGCAGUAUGAGGGGUUUGACACGGUGGAUGUUCCGGACAUGGAAACAGCAUUGCUCCCUUUUCAAAAAGAGGGUGUUCAUUGGAUGAUGCUGCGUGAGCGCGACCACGUGGGGGGAAUCAUGGCAGAUCACCUUGGAAUGGGGAAGACGGUUCAGAUGAUUGGCUUGUGUCUUUCAUCACAUUACUUUAACAAAGCAAUACGUAAAACACAGUUUGAGAAGAUGCAAUCAAAGGCUGCUGGAUAUCGUUUGCUUACUGUUAUACGGCAGCUGCAACGCAUCAGUGUCGUUGCGAAUUGUUCAAGAAUUAAUCGACCAGCGUUGGAGCUUCGAGUUUUGAUGAACAAAGUGGAAAAAGGUGUAAUUGAACGUGACGGAAAUAUAAAAGAAGUGCGAUGCGAAGUUGAUAAAUGGCUCAAAUUCACAAGUAAAUUUCAUCCUAUAUAUGAAAAACGUGCAUUGGCUUUCCUGGAUGAUGAACAAAAGCGCUCUUUUGAUCAGAUUGAGUCGAAAGAGCUCCGAACUCUUGUGGUCGUCCCUGCAGCCCUUAUGUUGCAGUGGAAGAAUGAGAUUGAAUCUAAAGUAAAGUCUUCACGAGGGUUGAAGGUUUAUCUAUACCACGGACAAAGCAAGUUUAUUAGCAGUACAGAGUUGGAGUUGUAUGACUUUGUGGUCACAACAUACGAUACAUUAACAAACUCGGCUCUUGACGCUCUGGUACCCACGUUCAACGACAAUAACUUGUCCUUUAACAGAAAGGAAGCGGGACCUUUGUUUCACGUUCGCUGGAAGCGUAUCAUCCUGGAUGAAGCACACAUGAUUCGUCAUUCUAGGACACAUAGGUGGCGGGCAGUCAAGGAGUUGCAGGGUCUUCACAGAUGGGCUGUCACAGCUACACCUCUUCACAAUACAAUUGAGGACAUUCAGAACCUUCUUCAUUUUGUUGGUCUUCCACGCCUUCCUGUGCUUCCUGGAUGCAAUCCAGAGGAGGUCUUGAAUGACCCGGUGCUCCAGCGAGGCAUAGCACAUUCACUUCAGCCAGCGUUUCUUCGCCGUGGUCCCAUCAUGAUUCGGAGUGGAAAAAGAGAGGUUUUGGUGGAGCUUCCUCCUAAAAGUGAGGUUGUGGUUAUGAAACGCUUCUCUCCCAAGGAGUCUAAACAAUACAAUAGCAUACUUGCCCGCUCGAGGACGGCGCUGGCGACAUCAGAACAUAAGGAAGGGGCUUUUCACAUUUUUGCUAUGAUGACUCGAUUACGUCAAGCAUGUUGCCAUCCGUGGAUCAGCGAAGGUCGAGCGCUUUCGGUGUCUGUCUGUGGAAUUUGCAAGAGCGAGGCAGUUGCAGCUGUAACAACGAAGUGUGGACAUCACUUUUGCCAUGAAUGCCUUUUACUCCGAUUUCGUGAGGCUGUUGACGGUGACGAUAUGGCUGCGAGGCUACCAUGCCCCAUUUGUGGGACCACCAUCAACAACAGUGCAAUUUUUAAGAGUCAUUCUCUGUCAUCUUCAGAACGUAUCGCAAAGUUCAAAGGACGUGAGUUGGAGAUGAGUACAAAACUUCGGAUGAUAUUGGACUGUAUUGAGGCGAUGACAGAAGAGCAUCCGGGGGACAAAAUGAUCAUCUUUUCACAUUUUACUUCUUUUAUGGACGUUAUUUCUGUUGCAUUGGACAGUUUGAACGUCACCCAUCUUCGAUUGGAUGGUACUAUGAGCUUAUCUAAUCGUAACAUUGUGAUUCGCCGUUUUCAAUCGAGUGAAGAGAUACGUGUUGUUCUUGCAAGCAAGACAGCAACUGGUGUUGGCUUGAAUCUCACAGCUGCAAAUCACGUGCUGGUGGUAGAUCCAUGGUGGAAUCCUGCUAUUGAAGAACAAGCAGUUCAUCGUUGCUACCGUAUAGGCCAGAAGAAACACGUAUAUGUCACGCGUAUCAUUAUUGAGGAUACUAUUGAGCAGUAUUGCUACGAGAUUUGUCAGCGGAAGAAAGAGUUUGGUGACGCUAUUCUUAGGGCAGCAACAAAAGGAGACUCUGGUGCCUCUGUUGCUGCGUCAAAACUUAGGGAAUUGCUUUCUCGUCUGCAAUACGUACCGGAUAAAGAAAAAGAAAAUGGAGGAGCCAAUGCAAGUGCGGAUGUGAGUGAAAGUCAAUGCGGUUAA